CCACGGAUCUUUUAGUCUCCCUCAUCCAUUUAGUUGUCAUUUAGACAUUUGGGGUAUGCUCGAUGGAGAACAUGGUGUUAAACAUCUUUAUUUUGUUUCUUGCGAUCCAUGCCGUAACAGCUGCAGUGACAUUCGUAAGACAUCGGAGAGAAGCUUUAAAUUUGACAACUGUGCACACCAGGCAUGACGACAUCGCCCACUUCACGUGCACAUCACGUGACCAGACAGCCAGCAUCACUUGGAAAAGGGAAAGAAAAGACUUAUCAAACAGCGAUCUUGGUGUAGCUGUGCUCGAAACGAAAAAUGGCGGGAAUAUGGAAAGCCAUCUAUUUGUCGCUGUGACUGAUGAUGAUUUACGAGGAAAAUACGUUUGUAUAUCAAGCGAUAAACCUGAUGAGGUGCUACGUACAUUUGUUAUUGAAAACGACCCUGCUCGCAAGGGAACACUUAGCCCUGAGCAAUUUUGGGCAAUCAUUUUGUCCGUUACAAUUGCUUUCCUUCUCCUGGUGUUCAUAGUAUUUUUCUUGUGGCGCGGAAACAGGAGAAUUAAGAGAGCUCAGAAAGAAGGCAAAGCACAAAGAUUCAGGAACAACCAUGGAGGUGCAGAGGAAAACCUGGCCGUAGAAGGGGAGCUUGUCGAGUUUAGAGGAUACAGAGUCGAGGCUGAAGCCGAGAGAAAUGAGCAAAUGACACCUGACACUGGAAAUGGAAAUGCCAGAAAUAACUGUGAAGAAGACAAACACGAGGAAAACACGACUCAGGCUGUGAUUGAGUCUUCGGGGAGAAGCGGAAGAGAAGGCUGUACACAGUUCUGAAAGAGCAUCUGGUAAAAUUUCCGCGCAGCCCCAUACUACAUUAUGCAUUCAGUUCUUGGAUAGAGAAAACAAUGACAAAAACAAUACAUCGCCAUUGGGAAAACAGAUUUGUUUUACAAUAGUAUGGGGCUGUGCGGAAAUUUUACCAAGCAUUUAUUUGCUAAAGCAAAUAAACUGUGGAAGGUUUUGAUCUAUGUAUAUUUUUGAAAAUAUGUUUAAAAAUUCAACCUUUGAAUAAUUAACAAUAACAUCUUAGAAGGUAUUUAGGUAUUUCAAAGAAUCCAAUGAGAAUGAAAAUAUAUAGAAAAUACAUGCCUUAGUAAAUAAAAGAUAACUGUUAGCUUAGAAAGAAAUACAAAUUCUUUCGUGAACCAGUAAAUUGAAAGUGAAUCCAAACGCUAAAAGAACACAGAAGAAGUAAGAAGUGUUUUGAAUUUUAUUUGGUAAUUAUGAAAUGAUGGAUGAACCACGAAGUCACGGAUUUGUUGAAAAGCGAUGGUGUUUGUAAACCCAAAGGAAUUAUCAGAAAGCAACAAACCGCAGUUUACAAUGGUUUGCGAACGUAAUAAUCCUCUCGUUAUUUACGUGUGUUAAGGCUUUAUUUGCAAGGCAGGGAAAAGAUUUGUUCGCUUGAAACUCAAUUCGCGCCCGACUAUUUUCCCCGUUCUAUUUUCCCACCGUAGUUUGCCAUUUUCCUAUUCAAACCAGCUACGAGAGAAAACACUUCUUGACUUCUACUACGCUUUAAUUACGUGAUAUUCAGCAACCGUCAUGUAUUCUUACGAGUCAUGUUUAAUUCAGUUAGUGAACCACGCUUCGUUGCUUUUGAUUCAGCCAUUGUCUAUCAGCUGCGUCAUAUGUGGUCCAACAUUUCAGAUCUUCUUCAUUUUUUACCAUGUUGAUUGAUUGAUUAAUCAUUUGUUAUCAUUCUCAUUUUCAUUGUUAUUCAAUAGUUUCGCACCAAGAUCUCAUAGUUUCCCUCACUUUGAAGAAAAUUUUUCUUGCUCUUUGAUCACUAAUCAACCAUGGACUACUGACCAUGGACUACUGACCACUAUAGGAACCUUUAUGAUUAACAGACCUCUUCUUUGUUUCAGAAUGGAAAUAAAGAUAUGAUUAGCAUAGCA